GUGGGGGAGCGGGAGCGCGCUUUCCGUGUCUGGUUAGUGGACUGACAGCCAGCUGUGCGGCUACAACGACAACAACCUCCUGGAUUUGCUACACAAAACUAGAUUAGUGUUGGUCUCCUUCUGAUCAUAAUCGUUCACUGUAGCUAGUUUUUGAAGUGUGUACUCGAUAGCACACGGCUACAACCCGUAACAUCGGCGGUUUCCGUGCUAACUAGCUAGAAGAGCAUUCCUCCAACAUGAAUCCGUUGUGUAGCAGAUGUAAUCUAGUCGUUUACCCCACGGAAAAAGUGAAUUGUCUGGACAAGUACUGGCAUAAAGGAUGCUUCAGCUGCGAGGUCUGCAAAAUGACUCUAAGCAUGAAGAAUUACAAAGGCUUCGAGAAGAGACCAUACUGCAAUGCACACUACCCCAAGACGGGCUUUACCUGUGUGACUGACACUCCAGAGAACCUGCGCCUCAAACAGCAGAGCAAAAUGCAGAGCACGGUUUUCUACAAGGAGGAAUUUGAGAAGAACAGAGGGAAAGGUUUCAGCGUAGUCGCAGACACACCAGAGAUGAAGAGAAUUAAGAAGACGCAGGAUCAAAUCAGCAAUAUUAAGUACCACGAAGAGUUUGAGAAGAGGAAGAUGGGUGGAGAGGUCCCACAUCAUCAGCAACCAAGCAACCCCAGCCCAGCAGCUUUCCAGCAGCCUGCAGCCUCUCAGAACUACCACUAUGAGCCUACUCCUGAACCUGUGCGCCCAGCAGCUGCUGCUCCUCCUCCCAGUGCUGGGCGGUACAGGGCUGUGUACGACUACUCUGCCGCUGAUGAUGAUGAGGUCUCCUUCGUGGACGGAGACGUGAUCGUAGAAGUGCAGCAGAUCGACGAAGGCUGGAUGUACGGCCGCGUGGAGCGCACCGGCCAAGCAGGCAUGCUGCCCGCAAACUACGUGGAGGCCAUCUGAGUGAGAGGGAGAGAAGAAGAAGAGGAGGGAGAGAUUAAGAGAAGGAGGUAGAGAAAGGGAGGGAAAGAAGGAAAGGAAAAAGCCCAGUGCCAUCUCAUCUUUAAUGCCGCUUUCUCUUAAUUUUACUCUUGUUCCCUAACCUGUCCUGUGACACCCUGAACCUCUUCACCCCCCUUCUCCUUUCUGCAUCCUUUGUUUGCUUCAGCUCCACCACAGACGCCCUCUGCCUUUUUGUCUGUCUGUCUGUCUGCUUCUUUGUCUGACUGCUUCCCUGUCUGUCGGUCUGUGCUGUUCUUCGUCCUCAACUAUAGCUCCACUCUUGUGCUAUCACAAGUGGAAAAGUCUUAAAGAAUACAAACACACUUCAUCGCAGUGCGUCAGGGGUCUUACACUUAAUCCUGACAAUAUCACACAAAAAGAAGAUAAUUUCCCACCACCGCAGGCAUAAAAUGAUUUUAAAAUGACUGUGGUGGCUUGGAUAUCUUUAUACAGCUGUUUAAUUCAUUAUUUCUUUCAUUUUGCAGCGUGAUCUUGGCUCGACUGGAAAUGCAGUGUAGAAUCUCAGUCUAUCAGAGCUUGAAUAUUUUUUAACUUGUGUACAUUCCUUUAACCUCUAACCAUGUUGCUGCACCAAUCAGCCAGUUUAUCAGUCUCAAAAGAGAGAUUUUUAACACACUUCAAAGAUGGUGUUCUCUUGCCCAGCAAUGCAUCAUGAAUAUUGCAGUGAAACUGGAAUUGUAGCCUAACUGAAGAGCACCUUCUGCAGAUACAGAAGGGAUCAGGGACAAGUUAGGGGACAUUAUCAGUCCGUCUCUUGCAGCAUCACUGAAAAGAUUGCUUCGAUCAGUGUGGGUGUAGAGUUUAUAUCAGUAGAUAUAUAUAUACAUAUAUUCCCUUAUCUCCGCUUUUUGCAGCCUUCAGUCAUGAGAGAAUCACAAAAUUGAAGGCGUGAGUUAGAUGGGAACACAUGAAAUCCUCCCACCCUUUUUGUUUCAAGAAAACACACUCAUAGAAGACAAAGAAGGCACCGGCCAAGCACAACUCUAUAUCAUGAUUUUUUUUUUCUAUUUCAAUUUUUUUGUGAGUAAACAUUCCAGUCCUUGUUUUUUUCCAUUCAAUGUGAGAGAAACCUUUGAAUCCUUGGCUGUGGUUAAUGUUGUUGUUGUUCUUCUCAUGCUGUCCUUCUUUUGACUUUUCCUUGUUAUUGUAAGAGACUUGUUUAAAAAAGAAAAGAAGAAAAAAGUAAAUGAAUAAACCAGCAACUCAACUUAUGAACCAACACAGGGGGUGAUUUGAACAGUCAUGGGAUUCAUUAACCUGCAGUUCUGAUCUGCAUAUCUUUCUUAUCCUCAAGAUUUUCAUCAAUAUCACAGAAUGACAAUUUAAAGACAUGGGAUAGAAAGAUUGGUGUUGUUCUCUGGUUGCCAAAAUGUCCACAAAGGAAGGUGAAUCCCUUAACUAUUUUUGAUUUUUUUCAUUUGACUGGUUGUCUAAAGAUUGUUGGUUCAUAAAAACUUAAAUCAAGCAUUUAAGUUUCUGGUUGCUUCACAGAAAUAAUACAUCCAAUUUAGAUCCUGUAUGUCUUUGAGGACUUAAACUGAUUUUAAACAUGAUAUUUGAUCAUUCCUGGUGGUGUAAAUAGUCUCAUCUGGCCCCUGAACAUACACACCUCUCCUCUUUUACUUGCUGUUGCAUUCUCCUGUGAUGCACUGUGACUGUCACAGCGUGAGUGAUCAGGGCGGUGUGUUUUUAGGGUUGGGGUUUGGGAUGGAAAAAGAUGUUCAGCUUUAUUAAAAGAAUCAAGGCUCUCACUAUGUAGCUAGACAACAUUGUACAAUUGUAUAUGUAUCAUAAAGGUGAGUUAGGGAAAUUGUUCUUACAGGUCAUGGUGCUCUGGAAAGUGGCUCACUGCAGAAAAAAAUAGUUCCUACAUUUGUUUUUUAUUUCGGAUGGAAGUUACAGGAUUUUUAAAAAGUUAACUCCAGUUUGGUGCAAGUUGGUGUCUAACAACUUUCUAAUGUGAUUAAUUGUUGCAGGAAACAGAAAAAAAACACUUCAAACUGGAAUGGAAGAAUGAAUGAACACUGUAUGUACACCUGUAUUUUGCAUUAACCUCUAACUUGACAACAGGACAAGUUUAUUUGCAAAACAGAUGCUCGUAAACGUGGUUCAGAGCUCACGUUGUGUUUCUCUUGGAUGAAUUGCAGAGUUGUUGGUUUGGCUUGAUGUGAAAUGAUUGUUGCUCCUGGCUUUAUAAUGCUCAAAUUAAUUUAAUAACAAAACUUCUAGCCUGGAAUCGAAAUUCUCUUUUGUCAGACGGCAUCGCUUGGUGUUCUGGAUGAAAUUAAAUGUGGCAAAAGACGGCCAGUGUUGUGUUUGUGUGGCUCAAGAUGGAAUUAAGUCAAAUGUGAGCGUGUGAUGGUGUGAAAUGUGCGAGGCUGAAUCUUCGGGGCUGUGAAGCAGGGCAAGUUGUUUGUCUGACCUGAAUAUUAGUCAGGGGGUUGACCUCUUUUGCGCCAAAUGAGGCUCUCCUGCUCCGGCAUCGCUCAUCUACUGAACCGUAUCAUCAUAUCAUCAUAACCCUGUUUCCAUUCAGUUUCUGUCUCGUAUCCUGUCCACCCAUCUGCCGAGAUCCCUCUUUCCUUCAGCCUUCAUCGUAGACCCCCUGCUUCUAAACCAAUCAUCCCCUGCUUCUAUGAUACUGGAUAUAUACUGUAGACUUUGCAGAGUGAAAUCAUGUAAUCCUCUAUUGGACCGGUUUUGUGCAUUCCAUCUUAAAUUGUUUUGUUUUUGAUAUAAUUUUGUUUUUAUUUUGAAAUAAAAAAAAAAUAAAGAUAACAUAUGCAUAAUGACAUACAUAUGUAUUCAAAACUCAUACUGGAUACGUACUCAGAGAUAAGGACCUGAUAUCAUCUCCUGUUUCCCUGUUACAGCACUUCAAAUUGUACUUAUGAUUCUGCAGAUUCAAUAAAAUGUCAUUUUUUUUCUCA